AGGUUCAAAUUGGAUUCUCCACAUCAUUAGUGAAUUGAUAUUUGCUGAAUCUAAAAAAAAGUAUGAAUAUCCAGAAUUCCCAAUUCUUGAAUGUGGGGACCCAGAAAAAUACCAGUUGGCUACUGUCCUUCCAAGCAUCCCCUUCAGUUCACGAAGAAGGCUUAACAAGACAGCAACAGUUUCUUGGGGAAGUUAUUUUGAUUUUGCCAUUAAUUGGAACAAACAUCUUGAUGAUGAAAAUGUUAAGUUCCUAUUAUAUGAAGACCUGAAAAAGAACCUGGCUGCUGGAAUAAAACAAAUUGCUGAGUUCUUUGGAUUCUCUUUAACUGGGGAGCAGAUUCAAACCAUCUCAGCCCAGAGUACAUUCCACGCAACGCAAGCAAAGUCCCAGGAAACACAUGGUGCUGUCGGCCUGUUUCUGUUCCGCAAAGGUAAAGUCACCCUGGUUUCUGGGACACCCACAAUUUGCAU